AUGGAUCGAUUGAAUGAUGAUGGUAUAUUUAAUGGAGGUACCACUUCUGCUUUUGAAAGAAAUGAAGAAAAAGUGUUACCCGAUUUGUCCCAGAAUCGCUUAAAAUCCAGUAAUUACAAUAUGGAAAACGACAUCUUUAAUACCGUAGAUAUUUGGAACAAUGAUAGUCCCAAUGGGAUGCAAGAAUCUCUUCAAAAAGAUGGCGGAUCAGCGAAUAAAAGCUCGGGUUUAGAACUAGACCUUGGAAACAUUAUGCUUGAAACACACAACCUGGAUUCUACAAAAUGGAACACUGACAAGUAUACUCAGGACAGUGCUGGCAUCAACGAUAACAGUUAUGAUUGGAAGUAUUUUGUUUUUGAUGAAAGGGAAAUAGGCUCCAUGCUUCGGUUGUUCGUGCAAGAGUUUCGACCCGAUCGACCAUCGUUGCGAUUAGCUCCGGCAAAAUUGUUUUAUUUGGCUUCCCGAUUUGCUUAUUCGUACAUGCCAAAGAGUAAAAACAUCGGACAUGAUCUUCUGACAGGCUUUCUCGAUUCGGUUCACCAAGUCAUACAAACAAAUACUGAGGAUAUGGUUUUAUGUGUGAUGUGGUUAGCGAAUGUUUGCCUACUUGUAUUCUAUCUUCAGAGGGACACAAGAUUGGAAGAAUUAACUGGACAAAUACAGCAUGAAUGUUACCAACUAAUAUCUGAGAUUUACUUCUUGGUCUGCAAAGAUGCCAUUCGUCGCAUGGACGAACAUUUAGAAAAAGGCAUGCUUAAGUAUACGGGGAUACAAGGCUUAGACUCCAUCCUUCAUUCAAGAAGCUGGAAUUUCUUGAGACGUCGACAUAUUACAGACAAUCCUUUAUCUCCUCGCAGUACUCCUUCAGCUUCCCCACGUAAUAUUACUAAAAUCAUUGCUUCCACCCUUCAUCUACUAGAAGUGUUUUAUGUCCAUCCCCUCAUACGUAUCCAAUGUAUUGAGCAGCUGUAUCAUUGGCUGGGUAUGCGACUUUUUAACAGAGUUCUUUCCACUAAAAAAUAUCAUUCUCGAGCUGCCGCUAUGGAAAUUCGCUUCAAUAUUUCCAGCUUAGAAGAGUGGUCUCAGACAAACUCCGUGAAGCUCAAAAAGCCCAUCGACUAUCCUGGAGAAGACUUCCGAGUCUCUCUGACUCCUCAUCUUACAUCGCUGACUCACUUGCUGCAGUGGCUUCAAUGUCUAUAUAGAUUAAGUGAAGAGAAUGAACCAGAAGCAUUGCAGGAGACACUCGAAUCUUUAGACGCCUUGAAUCCACGCCAAUUCCUUACUGUCGCAAAGUCUUAUCAACCAAAUAAUUCCGAGGCAAAAGUUUCACGAACGUUUUUAAAGCGUCUCGAGGUGUAUCAUAGGGAGGAAUUACGAAAAACCUUAGAAUCUGCUCACGACGAUGGAGUUGUAAAUGAGUUUGAAUUAACAAAAGAUGAAAACCAGUUGCAGCCUCUAAAUUUGCCCACGAAAGCUCAGCUAGCCAAUGCAUAUUCAAGCAUUACUUCUGGAAACGCAUUCAACAACGAUCGUAAAGUCCUUUUUCAGCCGCAUGUUUCCAACGACAUCAUCGAUCGAUUAGAAGAAAAUGGUAUCUCUAUGGAUCGAGCCGAGCUUCCAACUAGCGUUUUUGAAGAUGAAUUAGCGAAACGAGAAUGGCGGCCUGAUCAGGAAGUAGAAGAGUUGAUGGGUGCAUAG